AUGUAUAGACGGCGCAAGAAUUUAGUUACAAAUGGGCCUAUGCACAGUGGCAGAGAGACCAUAUAUCGCAAUGGAUCCCUGCUGCUCAAAAAGGUCUCCCGUAAUGACACAGGGUUCUAUACCCUACAAACGUAUAAUAGACAUGCAGAAAUCCUAUCAACAACUGCCGUGUAUCUCCAUGUGCAUGCCUCCCUUUCUCUGUGCUGCAACCCUCUCAGUCCUCCACAGCUCACGAUCCGACCUGUGCCUCAGUAUGCUGCUGUAGGGGAAGUUGUUCUUCUCCUAGUUCAUAAUCUUCCAGAAGAUUCGCAGAGCUUUUCCUGGUAUAAAUCAAGGCAUAAGGCCCCGGUCCUUAAAAUUGUAGACUACAGUAGAGCCAAGAAUUCCGUCUCCUGGGGACCUGAAUACAGACAAAGAGGGAUGGUAUAUUUUAAUGGAUCCCUGAUGCUUCAGGAUGCCACUGAGAAAGAUGCAGGAAGGUACACAUUAGAAGUUUUAAACAAGGAUUUCAAAAUUAAAAAAGCAUCUGUGGAAUUUUAUGUAAAGACCUUCCUUUUAACCUGUUGGCACCUGCCCACUACUGCCCAAGUCACCAUUGAAUUAGUGCCGCCCCAAGUGGUUGAAGGAGAAAAUGUUCUUCUACGUGUUCAUAAUCUACCAGAGAAUCUUCUAGCCUUUGUCUGGCACAAAGGGGUGAGGAAUAUGAGCCUUGGAAUUGCACUAUAUUCACUGGCCAAGGAUUUAAGUGUGUCAGGGCCCAUACACAGCGGUAGAGAGACAGUGUACAGCAAUGGAUCCCUGAAGAUCUACAAUGUCACCCAGAAGGACACAGGACUCUACACCUUACGAACCAUAAAUGGACAAGUAGGAGUUGGAUCAAUAACAACCACGUACCUUCACGUGUACACCUCCCUUUUGAACUGUGGGCGCCCUCCCACCUCUGCUCAGCCCACUAUUGAAUCAGUGCCACCCAGAGUGGCAGAAGGGUCAAGCAUUCUUCUACUCGUCCACAAUCUCCCGGAGAAUCUUCUAGCCCUUUUCUGGUACAGAGGAAUUAUUGUAUUCAAGAACUUUGAGAUUGCCCGACAUGUAACAGCUAGAAAUUUAAGUAUCCUGGGCCCUGGACACAGUGGUAGAGAGACGGUGUACAAUAAUGGAUCUCUGCUGCUCCAGAAUGUCACCUGGAAAGAUGCUGGAUUGUACACCCUACGAACUCUGAGUACAGAUAUGAAAGUUGAAUUAUUACAUGUGCAAGUCCAGGUGGACAACUCCCGUUUGACCUAUGAGUGUCCUCCUCCCUCUGUGCAGACCACUGUUGAAUCAGUGCCGCCCAUCAUUGCAGAAGGGUCAAAUGUUCUUCUAGUUGUUCACAAUCUCCCAAAGAAUCUACGAGUCCUUUUCUGGUACAAAGGGGUGAUUGGGUCCAACAACCUUGAGGUUGCCCGCCAUAUAAUAGCCACGAAUUCAAGUGUGUUGGGCCCUGCAUACAGUGGUAGAGAGACUGUGUACAACAAUGGAUCCUUGCUGCUCCAGAACGUCACCUUGAAAGACUCCAGAUUUUACACUCUACAGAUGCUGAGUACAGAUUUGAAAAUUGGAUUGGUGCAUGUGCAACUCCUGGUGGACACCUCCCAUUCUACAUGCUGUAAGCUUCUCAUAAUUGAACCAGUGCCACGAAAUGUUGCUGAAGGAGAAAGUGUUCUAUUCCUUGUUCACAAUCUGCCAGAAGAUGUGAGAACCUUUUCUUGGUACAAGGGAGUGUUUAGCAUCCAGGUCUUUAAAAUGGUAGAAUACAACAGAGCCAUGAAUUCCAUCACCUGGGGACCUGCCCACAAUAGAAGAGCAAUGGUAUACAGCAAUGGAUCCCUGCUGCUUCAGGAUGCCACUGAGGAAGAUGCAGGGUUGUACACACUAGAAACUAUAAAUAGAGAUUUGAAAAUUGAAAUGACACACGUGCAAGUCCAUGUGAAAACCUGCCGGCACCCUCCAACCAUCACCAAGUUCACCAUUGAAUCAGUCCCGUCCAGUGUUGUUGAAGGGGAAAAUGCUCUCCUACUUGUUCACAAUAUCCCAGGGAACCUUCGAGCCUUUUCCUGGUACAAAGGGGUAGCCACCGUCAACAGCCAUGAGAUUGUAUGGUACAUAGUAUCCACUAGUAGAAGUUUGCUGGGGCCUGCACACAGUGGUAGAGAGACUGUGUACCCCAAUGGAUCCCUACUGCUCCACAAUGUCACCCAGAAGGACACUGGAUUCUACACCUUACGAACCUUAAAUACACAGCUUGAAACUCAAGAAAGACAUGGGCACAUCCACAUAUACAAGCCUGUGACACAGCCCUUCAUGCAAGUCACUGACCCCACAGUCACAGUAGGGAGCUCUGUGGUCUUCACUUGUGUCUCAGCUGACAAUGGAAUCUCCAUCCGUUGGCUCUUCAAUAACCGGAGUCUGAAGUUCACAGAGAGGAUGACUCUGUCCCCAACAAAGUGCCGACUCAGAAUAGAUCCUGUCAGGAGGGAGGAUGCUGGGAAGUAUAAGUGUGAGAUCUCCAACCCAGUCAGUUCAAAGACCAGUCUCCCAGUCUGGCUGGCUGUGCGUAAUGAGUGACUGCUCCUCUCAUCCUUCAGCAGAGCAGGGACAUUUUUUUUAUUGAUGGGAUAG